AUGGCGGUCCUCGAGGAUGGCGCCGCUGACGAAGGGUUUGAUGAAAAUGAAGCUCAUCCAUCUUUCAUGACUCGCCAACAGGAAAGGAAUAGAAAGAAAAAACUAAAGAAAAAGGCGUCCAAACAAAGGAAAAGGGCGGGUGGAGACAAUCAGGAUGCCCAAACCUCUGAUUCUGUGACUUCAAACUCUGGUUCAGUUAGUGAAGCGAAAGAGAAGACUGAGGAAGUCCCUCGUAAAGAGUAUCCUGUUUUCGAACUCACAGGUCCGUUCGAACGUUUCAAGCUUGUCUUCGACGAAUCUGGUGAUGGGAGGGACGGUGCCACAGAUGGUGAUAGGGUCGGCACUGAUUUUGGUCUAACUGGAGACCCCUUCAAAACCACUCCGGAUCAACCGAGCCUUAAAGCUCGCACUGCAGCCCUUCUAGCAGAAGAGGCAGCUGCUCGUGCCAAAAAAUCAGAGAAAAAGAGUGACAGGAAAGGCGUCGGAGACGACGAUGAUGACGAUGCGAAUAGGGAACAACCGUUAAGCAAAAAGAAGCUGAAGCUUUUAAAUCGUCCCUCGGUGGCUUCUUUAAAGCAGGCUGCUGCUCGACCGGACGUGGUUGAAAUGUGGGACGUUUGUGCCAAGGACCCCCUACUUUUGGUCUACUUGAAAUCCUAUCGUAACACUGUUCCUGUCCCCAAACAUUGGUGCGCUAAGAGAAAGUAUCUUCAGGGCAAGAGAGGGUUUGAAAAACCACCUUUUCGACUACCUGAGUUUAUUGCGCGGACGGGGAUCAUGGAGAUGCGUCAGACCGUUUCUGAUAAGGACGCCGAAAAGUCGCUAAAAACAAGAAUGAGGGAAAAAAUUCGACCGAAGAUAGGCAAAGUGGAUAUUGACUACCGAAAACUGCAUGACGCUUUCUUUAAGUACCAGACAAAGCCCAAAUUGACGAGUCAUGGGGAUCUCUAUUACGAGGGAAAGGAGUUCGAGGUGAAGCUAAAGGAGAAAAAACCGGGUAAUCUGUCGGAUGAGUUGCGAACUGCGUUGGGUCUCCCCACUGGACCGAACGCUGACCGCUACCCACCACCAUGGUUAAUCGCGAUGCAGCGUUACGGUCCCCCACCCUCCUACCCCAACGUAGUCAUUCCUGGUCUCAAUGCACCCAUACCUCCUGGCUGUGCCUUUGGCUACCAUCCCGGUGGUUGGGGCAAACCUCCCGUGGACGAGAUGGGCCGUCCUAUCUACGGCGACGUCUUCGGUAACGGUGGCAACAUGGCAGGUGUCCCACCGCCACCACCGCCUACCGGUGGACCCGCCGAGCCUGAGGAACCCGUCAUCUCAGGUCUCGGGAAGAGUGGCCUUUGGGGCGAGCUGGAAUCUGAUGAAGAGGAGGAGGAAGAAGAAGACGAAUCCGAAGAAGACGAGGAUAAGACUGGUGAAGCGGGUGAAGGCGGUGGUGAGGGGGAGACAGUAGGCCUCACCGGCCCCCCUACUGAAAUGAUCCAACCCAUCGAAAAGGUCAGCAUCGAUUUGGGUGGCUUGGUUACUCCUGCCUCUGGUUUAAUCACACCAAGCGGGGCGGUCUCCAGCGUUAUUGGUGCAGAGACACCGGCAGCGGCGGCUGUGGGGGCAGCAAACCCGAGCAACAUAGAGCUGCGCAAGCGCACCAUCGAGGCGGCUAUGGACAAUGCAGACGGAUUUGAGACACCUGCCCCGGGAACUGGAUUGGCUGCCGGACAACUUUAUCGCGUGUUACCUGAGCGCGAGACAGCCCUACAGCCAUCAGCAAUGCUUGGCUCAACUCGGGUUUAUGAUGUCACCGGGGUUACGGGUGCUCCUCGUGGGGAGGAGGCCGAAGAUCCUCGCGAAAAGAUGCUGCGAAAGCGACUCGCGGGAGCCGAGUCCCAGCAGAAGACAGGUACCGUUUCAAGUUCGGGCACUACUAGUACGGGUGGACCCCCAGCAGCUAAGAAGUAUAAGGACUUCAAGUUUUAA